AUGGAAAAAAGAAAUCUAACAGUCGUCAGGGAAUUCGUCCUUCUGGGACUCCCUAGUUCAGCAGAGCAGCAGCACCUCCUGUCUGUGCUUUUUCUCUGUAUGUAUUUAGCCACCACCUUGGGGAACAUGCUCAUCAUUGUGACCACUGGCUUUGACUCUCACCUCCAUUCCCUUAUGUAUUUCUUCCUUAGUAACUUGGCCUUCGUUGACAUUUGUUUUACGUCGACUACUGUCCCCCAAAUGGUAGUGAAUAUCUUGACUGGCACCAAGACUAUCUCUUUUGCAGGCUGCCUCAGUCAGCUCUUCUUCUUUGUUUCUUUUGUGAAUAUGGACAGCCUCCUUCUGGGUGUGAUGGCAUAUGAUAGAUAUGUGGCGAUUUGCCACCCCUUACAUUACACUGCCACAAUGAACCUGUGCCUUUGUGUCCAGCUAAUGGCUGGACUGUGGUUUGUUACUUACCUCCAUGCCCUCCUGCAUACUGUCCUAACAGCACGGCUGUCCUUCUGUGCCUCCAAUAUCAUCCAUCAUUUCUUCUGUGAUCUCAACCCUCUUCUGCAGCUCUCUUGCUCUGACGUCUCCUUCAAUGUAAUGAUCAUUUUUGCAGUAGGAGGUCUAUUGGCUAUCACGCCCCUUGUCUGUAUCCUCAUAUCUUAUGGAAUUAUCUUCUCCACUGUUCUGAAGAUCACCUCUACUCAGGGGAAGCAGAGAGCUGUUUCCACCUGUAGCUGCCACCUGUCAGUGGUGGUGGUGUUUUAUGGCACAGCCAUCGCUGUCUACUUCAGUCCUUCAUCCUCCCAUACGCCCGAGAGUGACACUGUGUCAACCAUCAUGCAUUGGGUGGUGGCCCCGAUGCUGAAUCCUUUCACCUACACCAUAAGGAACAGGGAUAUGAAGAGAGGACUUCAGAAAAUGCUUUUCAAGUGCACAGUCUUUCAGCGCAAUAAUGACCUCAGUGACUGA